UUCGCUCAAUUUAUCCUACACCAAAAUGACUUUCUACCCAGAAAGCAAAAUCUUUGGUUUAGAAAAUUUACAAAUUAUGGAUUUUAGUAACUGUGACUGUCGUUUAAUAGGUAAAUCUUUUUUUGACACGUUUCCAAAUUUAACCACCUUAAGAUUAAGUAAUGUGCAUCUAGAUAAUGAUUUGAUUUUAAAUAUUGGUCAGAGACUUUUCAAACCUUUGACAAAAUUACAAAAUUUAGAUCUGACUACAAACCUACUGAGUAUCCUACCUGCUGAUAUUUUUAACGGUCUGACCGAAUUGAAAGAAAUUUCACUGUCAUUUAAUAACUUGGUCUCUAUUCCCGAUCUGUCUACACUUGUGAAUUUGCAUAAUAUAUAUCUCAGUUACAAUGCAUUGGCUACAGUUGAUGAACAAACCCGAAGAACAUUGGAUAAACUUACAUCAGAGAAGAACCCUAUUCACGUAUCAUUAUUUGGGAAUACGUUUGGUUGUACCUGUGAAUCAACCAAUUUAUUGGCCUGGUUUUAUCACACAAGAGUAGAUCUAGAUGGUAGAAAUUAUUCCUGUAUAGACAAGAUGGGCGAAAAGACGACAACAGGAAUUGUCUUCAAACAUUACCGAGCUCUGCGACUUCAUUGCGUUUCCGGUACUUGGUUAACUGUAGCUGUGACUGGAAUAAGUUUUGUACUUGUGGUUUUGUUGACAAGUUUUGUCUUUAUUAAAAACAAACUAAAGAUUAAACUGAUUUUAUUAAGAAUGAUCGGGCGUUAUAUAAAACCCAGAAGACGAGAAGAAUUCCAAUAUGACGUAUGUAUUCUGUAUGCGGAUGACGUGUACCAGUGGGUGUGCCACACAAUGCGUGCGGAGCUGGAGGUCAGAGGAUUAAAACUUUUUAUUCGUCACAGAGAUGAGAUCCCCGGUAAAGAUAAACCCGUUGAACUUUAUAAAACCAUGGAUUUUAGCUGGAAAGUUGUUCUAAUUUUAACCCCCGGAUUUCUGGCCUCGGAUUUUGCUUCAACCACCAUGUCUAUUGGUUUAUCGUUUAUAACUUUGACAACACCGAAUCGAUUAAUGUUGAUCAUGGAUAGUAAUGUGAAUAUACCGACUAAUAUAGCUUUCUUUCUAGAGUCUGUUAAUGAAGAAAAUAUUUACCGUUAUGAUAUAACAAAUGUUUUUGAGGAUGACCCACGUUUCUGGAAUAAAAUCUAUCAUGGAAUAAUAGCCCCUAAUGAUAACAUGGAUGUAAUACGAUAAAUAUUAAACAACAUUGGUGUAAUACGAUAAAUAUUAUAAAACAUGGAUGUAAUACGAUAGAUAUUAAAACAA